AGUCCGAGAAUACUCGAAAAAUAUCUCAGGCCGACGAAUCUCUAUUUCCACGUCUGCCAAAUAGAAGUUCCGGAACCUUCCCGAUAAUCAUCACCUUCAGAUUUUUUUCGCCGAGUAACCAUCACCUUCAGCUAUUCAUGAAGAAAAAUCAUGACCGACUGCCUUUGCCUUAUUGCCUAUAAAGCGACCCGCUUUCACUUUCGUCAAGAAUCAUUGUUUUUACGAGUUCUAAGGCUCCCGAGUCCGCUGGCACUUCACAGGCUUCCCUUUGAAAUUGAGUACUCAUACAAGACAGUGUUCAACUUCUGGGUAUUGGGUUUUUUCGAGGUUCUGAGAUUGGUGGGGUUGUGACGGAGAUGCAGAUGGAGCCUGACAGAGAGUCGCUAUCUUAUUACGGCGUUCUUGGUGUUGGCAUGAACUCGUCUGCUGAAGAAUUAAGGCGUGCUUAUCGCAAGCUUGCUAUGCAAUGGCAUCCAGAUAGAUGGACUAAAACCCCUUCUCUGUUGGGUCAAGCUAAACGAAAAUUCCAGCAAAUCCAAGAAGCCUAUUCAGUGCUGUCAGACCAGAGGAAGAGGACGCUGUAUGAUGCAGGGUUAUAUGACCCCGAUGAUGAACAAGAUGAGGGCUUUUCUGAUUUUCUCCAAGAAAUGGUCUCUCUCAUGAAGCAGACCAGGAGAGAGAAAAAGAAUUAUAGCUUGGAGGAGCUACAGAGGAUGCUUGUGGAAAUGGCUCAAGGAUUCGAAUCUCCUACAUGGUUUUGCGGACCCUCAAUUGUUGGAAACUCCGGAUGCUCAAAGAGAACACGUUGGGAAACAGAUCAAAUGCCGCGUAGAAGCUCACAUUUGCAUACAUCAAGCUUGGGGAUGUUUGGAAGUAGCGGCUGUUGCAAUUAAGGAGGAAGCUUUCACCGUUCUUCCAGACAAGAGAUGAUGAGGAUUUGACAUUGAAGCAGAUGAUUAAUCUGGAUUCAGUCAUGAACUCGAGGUGACACUACUAAUUCAAAUAUUUUUUUUCCUGCUCACCUUGUGAUUUCGAAUGAGUGAAUACCCUAGCCAGAGGGUUGAAUGAGUGUAGGCUUUAGACUGGAGUAGAGAGAGAGAGAGAGAGAGAGAGAGAGAGAGAGAGAGAAUGUCAGCAAUGUUUUGUACACAGAGAUUAGAGCUGCCUGUGAGGCAUGUUGUGUUGAUAAAUCUUUUUAUGGGAUGUCUUCAUACAGAUGAUUGGAGUUCUCUCUUCUA